ACACCUACUCGCAGAAACCAAGCAAGCUGACCAUGGCCAUGGCUACUUCCAUCCUUCUCUUCCUCCUCGCCGGCCUCGCCGCCGCCCACGGCGAGGUGGACACAGCCAACAACAUCCGUCUCCCCAGCGACGGCAAAACCGUGGGCCGUCCCGGUAAACCGUGGGGGAAAUGUUGCGACAACAUCGAGAUGUCCCCGCUGCGGAUUUUCCCUCCGUUGUACCGUUGCAACGACGAGGUCAAGCAGUGCAACGACGAGUGCAAGGAGUGCGUGGAGGCGCCGGGGGCUUUCCCUCGUGGCGCCUUCGUCUGCGGCGACUGGUACCAGACGACUAACCCGGGCCCCUUGUGCACGGAGAGGCCGUGGGGGAAAUGCUGCGACAAGGCCGUCUGUUUCGAGUCGUUGCCUCCGAUCUGCCGCUGCAUGGACAAGGUGAAGCAAUGCGCCGCCGCCUGCAAGAAGUGCAAGCGGGUGAAGUCGUCGGAGCCUCCUCGCUACGUCUGCCUCGACCAGUUCAAGGGCGAGCCUGGGCCCCAGUGCACACCCCACACGUGGAACUAGCUUCAUCUGACCUACUCCGUCAAUAAAACGCUGUAGCUGAUCGUUCGUUCGAUCGUUCAGCGUUGCUCUGCAUGUGCAUGUUUUUAAUUUACCCCGUGCUUCUGCAGCAUGUUCGUGUCUACCUUUUUUCAAACUGUCUGUGUUCUCUCGUGACCAAAGGGUACAUUCAUGCA